CGCUGUCAUGGCAAACAUGAUGUUGAUUCAGCAAGACCCGGUAGACACAUAAUCUUGCCCAGCAUGACGCCAGGUAUCGCUAUAAAGGGAGACCCCCUGAUUUUGUCCCUUUCAGGAUGAAAGAAAUGACCUCAUGACUAUUAGUAGGGGGGUCCUCAGCUAAGGUAGCGUUAGGGGACUUGACCUCAAUUGCGCCCUGCAAGGUUCCAAACACUCCAUGAAGCUGAUAUAUAUAUGUUCACACUCCCAUAUAGACUUAGACUCACACUCAUCCGCCCAAUCGCCAUGGCUCGUACAGCAUCAACAGCCACGGCAACGCGACGCAGCACGCGCAAUCUGAAGCGCGAAACCCCAGACCUUGCAGCAGUCGCUUCUCCUCCGCCAGCCAAGAAGAUCAAGGCCGAGCCUGUGACGCCGUCCAAGCCCAAACUUUCAACAGCUACCAUCAAAGAAGAGCCAACCACACCGUCCCCAGUGAAGAAAUCUGUCAAGAAGACGGCGCAAACACCCGAAGACAAGGCUGCCGCUCUCCAGUCCAAGAAGCUGUCUUCCUAUGCGGCCUACUCUUCCAAGACAUCGCCGUACCCCGACUUCGCCCAUCCCACCCCUGACGAAUGCAGGACCGCGCACAAGAUCCUCGCCCAGCUCCAUGGUGACCGCCACCGUCCGACGACAGUCAUCGCACCCAAGGACUCUGCUGGCUGCGGAAACUCGCCCACUGUCCUCGACGCCCUCGUCAGGACAAUCUUGAGCCAAAACACAUCAGACAAGAACUCGUCCCGCGCAAAACGGUCCAUGGACCAGGUGUACGGCGGAUCCGACAAGUGGGAGGCCAUUGUAGAGGGCGGCCAGUCGAAACUGCAAAAGGCCAUCGAGUCAGGCGGUCUCUCUGUCGUCAAGUCAAAGGUCAUCCUCUCGCUGCUGGAGCAGGUGCACGCCCAGCACGGACAGUACUCGCUGGACCACUUGUUCGACGAAGAGGACGAUGAGGAAUGUAUGCGCCAGAUGCUCUCGUACAAGGGCAUCGGUCCCAAGACGGCAUCGUGUGUGCUGCUCUUUUGCCUGGGGCGCUCGAACUUUGCCGUGGACACGCAUGUCCAUCGGUUGACGGGGCUCAUCGGCUGGCGCCCGCCCAACGCCAGUAGGGAGCAAACGUACGCCCACCUGGAUGCGAGGAUACCCGACGACGAAAAGUAUCCUCUGCAUAUCCUUCUCAUUGCGCAUGGCAAGAAAUGUCCAGAGUGCAAGGCGGGCGGGCGCGCUGCUGGUGACUGUGAGCUCAGAAAAGCCUUUCGAAAGGGCAGCAAAGUGAAAGAUGAAGAUUUCGUCAAAGAAGAACACGAAGAAGAAGAGAUGAUAAAGGAUGAGAUAAAGGAGGAGCCAGAGGAGGAGGAUAUCAAAGAAGAACAGGAUGCCUAACCAUAUACGCCUAACACUGAAUGUACCACCACCAUGCCAUUGUUCUUUGUGAACCAAAGGGGUAUCCCAUG